AAGAGGGAGGGGAGAUUUUAAUGGCCGUCAGUGGCACUACAAAAUGCAAAAAAGUCUGGAUUAUAAACAGUAUUUGGACUAUACUAUCCGCGGGUGCGUGUAGACGAUUUUCCUUUGUUUCCAGGCAUUAUUUUUACAUCAUAUUGGGGUUAGUGGUGUAUUUCUAGGGCUGUUUUUGAGAGCAUUGAGCGGACUUUACCCGCUUGGUUUGUGCGCGAGUGGCUGAUAAGGCCUAGCCGGCUGGCUGGAGAGCGAGCGGUUGUUCAUCGGAGUUGAAAGGGAAUAUGUAACAUAAAGCAACCAAAAUGACAUCUAGAUUUGGCAAAACAUACAACCGCAAGGGAGGAGAGGCUAAUUCUAAAUUUGAAGAGGUCUUCUCAAAUAAAAAGCCUACUCUGACCACCAAAUGGGGAGAGACCACCUACAAGGCUCAGUUGGGGGCCAAAAGGCCUCUCCUGAAACCUGAAGUUCCCGAGCUUCCCAAGAGACCCAGGCUUGAGGACAGUGAUAGUGACGAAGACCCGUUUGGGUUUGACAGCGACGACGAGUCCAAGACUGUAACCUCUCACAGCGUGUCCCAGUUUAAAGCAGAUGAGGGGGACGUUACGAAGACGCCCUCGGUCCAGAGCAGUGAGACCACCACUCUUGUGGCCUCUACACAGGGCGCUACAGGCUCAACAGUGAGAUUCACGAGUAAGCAAACAUCUGAGGACAAGGUUGUAAAGAAUAGUCAGCCUUCAUGCAAAAGCACAUCAGAUAGCAGCCAGAAACCUGCAGCCGUGUCCUCCUUUUCAAAGACAGUCUCUUCUGAUGUUUGUAACUCAGUAGGGACUCAGCGGUCCAUAUCCUCUUCCCCCAGUUUAGAUUAUACUGAUGCACCAGCAGGUAGCAGAGACUCCCAAGUGGAUGGACUUCCCACAGAAGGGCAGAAAAGUGCAGAACAGGAGCCUCCUGUAGAGCCUCCAGUGGACAACAUUCCCCCUUCCCCUUUCACCCUCAGGGCCUCCAACUGUAAGACCUACCGGCGACCCAACCGAAAAACCUCCUCUGAAUCUGCAGAAAACAACAGUAGCAGCAGCAGUAAGCCCCCUGACACAGCGAGUGCCGUAGUGAAACCCAACAGUGUCUUUGCCGCUAGCGCAAGCAAUACUUCUGCCAAUGCCAACACAGCAGCCAAGCCGGCAGCAGCAGCAGGCAGGGGCAGGGGGAGGGUACGGGACUACACAGUGCUGCACCCGUCUUGUCUGUCAGUGUGCAACGUUACCAUUCAGGACUCCAUGGAGCGCAGCAUGGAUGAGCUUGUCACCCCGGCUGCCCCUUCUGACCUGGGAGAGGCAGGCCAGAUGAAGAAGAAGUCGGAUGUUCCACCGCCCAAACCCACCAGGUUCAGACCAACCCAGACAAAGACCAAGAAGGAGACCAAGCUGGAGUUCUUUGGCUUUGAGGACAAAGAGGACCAGGAGGGUGAGGAAGGGUCAGAGGGCAGCAUGGCAGGCAGCAGUAGCUAUAAGAUUAAGUACUUUGGCUUUGAUGACCUGAGCGAGAGCGACAGUGAUGAUGAGAGCUCCCAGGCCAAAGAAAAGAAGAAGACCAAGACGGCAGCUGCAGCCUUGGCUGCUCUGAGCUCCAGUGUGGACAGCCCUCAUACCAGUGACUCUCAGGACAGCCAGGCUAGCAGCAAUCCAGAUGCUUUUGAGUUCUCUGAUGACUCCAGCCCUGGGGCCACUGAUGGACAGAAGGGAUGCUCAGGGAAGCCAAGUGACAAAUCCAAGGACAUUGGCACUGGACCCAAAAAGAUCUUCAGUGGACCCAAAAAGUCCCCUGCUAAAGCUGUGUACAACGCUCGCCACUGGAACCAACCUGAACCAGAAGAGAUGCCUCCGCCUCCCCUGUCUCGAUCUCACACUGCACCGGCCAGUUUGUCAAGCGGCAGUAAGGACAGCAACUCCCACAAAGACGAUGGCCUGUUCAAAGCCCCCCCACCACCGCCCAAAGUCAUUAAAUCAGAGACCAUCCCCACGCGACCCAACCAGGAUAUCGUCACAGCACUGAAAUGCAGGAAGGAGCACAAGGAACUCUACACAGUGGUACAGCAUGUGAAGCAUUUCAAUGAUGUGGUGGAGUUUGGGGAGAACCAGGAGUUCACAGAUGACUUUGAGUAUCUGGAGACAGGGCUGAAGAGCAGCCAGCCACUCAACACAAGAUGCCUUAGUAUAAUCAGCCUGGCCACACGGUGUGCCAUGCCCAGUUUCAGGAUGCACCUGCGGGCCAGGGGGAAGGUGGCGCAGGUCUUCAAGAUGCUCAGUGAUGCUCCACAGCACCCGAAUCUCGCUCUGUGCACGGCUGCCCUGAUGUACAUUUUGAGCCGGGAUCGUCUCAACAUGGACUUGGACAGGGCCUGUCUGGAGCUAAUGAUCAAGCUGCUGGAGCUGGAGCAGGACCACUCAGCCCACCAAGAUCAGCUCACCGCUAAAGAGGUGGCAAAGGUCAAAGAGAAGAUCAGGAAACUGUGUGAGACAGUGCACAACAAGCACCUUGACCUGGAAAACAUCACGACGGGCCACCUGGCCAUGGAGACUCUGCUGUCUCUGACCUCCAAGAGAGCUGGGGAUUGGUUCAAAGAGGAACUACGACUACUGGGAGGCUUGGAUCACAUUGUAGACAAAGUGAAAGAGUGUGUGCAGAACCUGAGCCAAGAGGAUGACAAGGAGAACCUGGUUGCCUCCUUGUGGGGGGCUGAGAGAUGUCUGAGAGUGCUUGAGAGUGUGACAGUGCAGAACCCAGAGAACCAGAGUUACCUGAUUGCCUACAAAGACUCACAACUCAUCGUCUCUUCUGCUAGAGGUUUGCGGUACUGCGAGGAUAUGAUCCAGCGCUACAGUAGGGCAUUGAACAACACUUCCCUGUCAUCUUCGGGUGCAGCACUUCCCCACUGCAGCUUCAGUAACGUGGGCAAGGCUGUAGAGGACUGCAUGAGGGCUGUUAUUGGCGUGCUGCUUAACCUCACCCAUGAUAAUGAGUGGGGAAGCACCAAGACAGGUGAGCAGGAAGAGCUGAUAGUCACAGCUCUGAAUUGUGUCCUUCGGGUGCCACGCUUCAUCCCCCAGGAGCAGCGAUUUGAUGUGCGCGUACUGGGCCUGGGCCUGCUAAUUAAUCUUGUGGAGUACAGUGCCAGGAACCGCCACUGUCUGGUGGACAUGGACUACAAUGCCAUAGAUACCUGCCUGGAAGACAGCCUGAUCCAACCUGCUGACCCAACACAAGCAGGGACAGACGGAGAGUCGGCGCCGUCCUGCCCAACCGAGACCAAGGGAGAUGGAGCUGAUAAGCCCAAGGCCUCUGGUGCCCUGGCUGCCCUGGUGAAGCUCUUCCUGGAGAGAGAGCGGGCUGCCAUCCUGGCUGAGGCUAAGACUGACGACCUCAUCAGCGAGGCGCCGAAGCCGGCACUGGACCAGAGUGGUGAGUGGCAGGAGACAUCAGGAGAGAUCCAGUGGGUGGCUUCCGAAACCAAUGACAGCCAGAACGAGAAGAAAGAGGAGGAGGAUGAAGAAUUGGACCUAAAUAAAGCUCUUCAGCAUGCAGGCAAGCAUAUGGAGGACAGCAUUGUAGCCUCGUACACUGCUCUGCUGCUGGGCUGCCUCUGCCAGGGCAGCCAGAUCAAUGUGACUACUGUGAGGGAGCACCUACCUAAAGGGGAUUUCUCCAUCAUGACAGAAAUGCUGAAAAAGUUUUUGAACUUCAUGAACCUCACGUGUGCAAUGGGCACCACAGGACAGAAGUCCAUCUCACGGGUCAUCGACUACCUGGAGCACUGUUAACAGACAGCCAGACAGCUAACUCACAUUCAGACUGUACAUCAGAGAGAUUCCAGAUAAUUCUGGCACCCCUACCCUGACAGGAGCCACAAUGGGUCAUUGGAGUCUCAACAGUGUCCCCUUGACUUUCUGUGAUCACUUGAGCCUGUGAUCGCUCUGAAUUGUUAGUCACCUGUAAAGGCAUAGUCUGAUGUGUAUACACACACACACACAAACACACACACACCAGUCUCAGCAGCCUCUGGAGCACAGCCUGAACCAAAGCCCUGCUAGCUAACAGACACACAGAUUUUUUCAGACAGUACCAUAUAACAAAUGCCACAUACAGAAUGAUAAUAACCUCGGAAAGUACUAGAUUCAUCCUCAGGUAACUGGGAAUCGGGCAGAGACGAGGCGAGAUGAGAGACCAAAUCUCACAAGUCUCUAUAUAUCUACUUGUGGAAUGUCAAAUUUGAAGACACGUGAACCUCGUCUUUAUGGCCCUAGAAGGUCGAGAUCGCCGAGAUCGAGAGACGUCGGGCCACUGAAGCGGAGUCCUCUCUCCACAGUCGGCUCUAGAUUCCUGGUCGCAACCGUAAUGCUUAGCUGGAUUGUGGACUUGUGAGUCAAAUUUUAUGGAUCAUUACAUUUUAAUCUCUCCUUGUCCACGUCAAAGCCAAGGGUGAAAUCAUUGAUUAACAUGAAAAACAUGAAUCAUUUUCAUGGAUGUCAGGAUGAUAUCUGUAUAAACUUGUGUGGAGUGAUUUGAAUGCAUAAACACAUUUACCUACCUGUUUGCAAUUGGCCUGAUCCGGAUAUUAAGGGAAAAUUAAUAUGUUUGAGCUCUGAUUUAUAUGUUCUGAUUGCGCCCAUUAUCUUUGUAAGCUGUACAAGGUAGCAAGUCACAUGACGGGCAUCUUCUGAAAUGUUUUAAUUGUUUUUUUGUUUUUUUUUUGUUUUUGUUUUGUUUUGUUUUGUUUUUUCCAAUGAGGGCAUGUUAGGUUUUUUUGUUUGUUUGUUUGUUUUUCCUACUUAAUUAGUUAAAAAGAAAUCAGCGGGUCUGCGUGACAUGUCAAGUUUUGUUUUAUUUUAUUGGAUUGAUAAUGGCAGAUGGAAAUGAAAUGCUAAUGAUUUUUUUUUUUUUUUAAGUUUUUCUUUCUCCUAUCCCAUUAUCUAUUUGGAAAUAUUUUGGUAUAUUUAGAGUAUUUAAAAUUCAAUUAAUUCAAUUUUAUGUAAUUAUGCAUUUUAACAUAUUGGCAUAGAUGUGAUGGAUUACUCUAGAAAUUGAGGGUUGUGUUUGAAUUGGCAAUGAAGUUGAUUUUGAUUUAUUAUUUUUUUAACGUAUUUAAUUUAAUGCUUUUGCUUCCUUUGUAAAUGAAAUGUCUUUACCUGAUGACAUGUGACGUGCCACUUCUGAGGAUUUGGCAUUAUGUUUCAUGAUAAUAUAUCCUAUGUGACACGGCUCAGUGGCUGGACGUGGGGUUUUACAGAACCUGCUGUAUUGUGGUUUGUCUCAAUUUCAUCACAACUGUCGCUACAUUUAAAAAAUUUAAAUUUAAAAAAAAAACAAAAACAAAACAAAAAACAUAGGAAAUGUAACUUUUAUGUUCAUGUCAAGGCAUGACCUCCUCUGUUUUUUUUCCCCCCAGUCGCUUUAUGUUUCUUUAUGUCCAGCCACUUUUAGCUGUUUUUUUAAUCUCGUUGCAUCAUGAUGUGUCAGUGUUGGACAACCCUCAUUAAGCUCCCAUUUAUUUAUCCUGUUGUGGUGUCAUUUUAUCUUGUGCACCUGAACCUUCGAAACCCACGUGUCUGUAAAAGCAGCAAUGUCUUGUACUGCUCAUGUGCGAUCACUGAUUGAAUGACAGCCAUACCUGUAUAAGCAGAUUACUUUAGUUUUGUCUGGUUUAUAGGGCUGCAGUGAACAUAACUCUGUGUUUACUGUACAUGAAUUACUUUACAAAAUCUGGUCUUGAAUGGAUUUUAGAAUGUAAAUACUCCUGUACAUAGUGGUUAAUGAACAUUUAAAAUGCUUAGACUACUUUUUCCCGAAGCUGAUAUUUUUAUUUUCUACAAUAUUUCUGAGUUGUCAUUUUGAAAAUGAAAAAAAAAAAAAAAAAACCUACAGGAAGAGAAAAACAUGUUUGUACCAGUUUCAAGGACAUUGUCUUUGGUUACAUGUAAAUAGUUGUAUCUCAAAAAGAAAAAAAAAAGUUGCUACUUUCA